AUGCAACCUCAUUGGUUGGCUGACAGGAACUGGAUGGAGGCGACUAUUGGAUUUGAGGUGAAAAACACAAAUGAAGGCGUCGGCAAAGCUACACCAGCAGAAGCUGUUGAUGUAUCCCUGUGGUGGGUUGAUGACAUCCACCCGUCAUCAGGCAGCGACAGCGAGGCAUCGCCCUUAUGGUAUUUGGGGAGGGAGAAGUCGCUGGAUCUCCAGGCAAAGCUGUGCGAGUCGUCGGAGUACUGGAAGGAGUACGACUGGCUGUCAGAAAGAGAGCUGAACAGGUCUGAAUGUCGGUACAGCUGGGAUCGUUGCAGUCAUCAUGCUCUCCAGUCGAUGAUAGGAUGUCCCAAUGAGUUCGAGGAAAGGAAGGAGAAAGAGGAGAAAAACAGAAAGCAGCGUUCGCUGAAGCUUGAGAAGUCGAUGGAUGAGAUGGAGAUGAAGGAGAGCAGAACGAGGAUCAAACUUGGGGCUCUCUGCAAUGACAACUCGAUGAGCUCUAGAGGCAACUUGUUCCUUUGGUCUGCGACGAGUCAGUUCCUGCGCAUCGUGGGCUGCGCAUGCGAUCUUUCUGCCCGUGCUCGUCAGCGUCUCGUGCUGAUGCCGAGGAGAGGGAGAGGAGAGCUCAGUGCUCCGAUGCGCCUUAGUGUGCAAGUCGAUCCUCUUCCAAACGUGAGGGUGCAGAAGAGGUUGUGCAUGGCUGGAGAUGUUGGGGAACAGAUCUUGGACAGAAAGGGGAGGGCGAGGAUAGUGAGAACGGCCAGCAACACAGAGGAAUCAAGCACAAUAGAAGAUAUCAUGUUCGAUUUAUACUUUCUGAGCGAGAGCAGCGCACGGAGUUGGAUGCUUCAAGGUUUGCGCUCCUCCUUCUUCUCCUGCUCGAGCUUUGGGGAGUGGAUCACCUUCGCUUCCGAUGAUGAAAACGCUGGAGAGGAGGAGAGAGAGAGAGAUGAAAACCGCAGGUCUUCUGCAAUCGUUGUUGGUGUGUGA